UCGGGAGCUCCGCGAGCUCUGCCCAUGGACAUUACAAUGCUAGCUUUGCGCACUGUCCAAGCCUCCCCGCCUGGCCGGGAAAGAAGGCAAGUUAUAGUCAAAACGCUAUUGGAUGAUCCAUGGGUGAUAAUUGUUCUCCGGUGCGCCUCUCCCGCUUCGGUGUCGGCUGGCACUGCUUGUUAUCAGAAAUCAAAUAUCGCAAUGCAGUUUGCUUCAGGGCACGCCAGUCAGCGCGGAUGACGUUACCUAUACGCAAGAUCCCAAAUGGUCGGUAUUUCGGGAAUGAGAAAUGUGACUGCUCACCGGUUUGCCAGGAGCCCUUGUUCCCAGAAACUCGGUAUUCCCCCACGUUGAUACUUGAGGGGCAGGUGUCGGCAUUCAUCUGUCCAAGCCAGUUCUUCAUAUCGAAUCUUGCUUAUUCAAGGAGCAUUUCAUCAACGCUCAUUUUAAAUGGCAAUCCUUGUUUCCGUGGCCGGUGUCUAACUUACAGAACCGCUAACGAGCUAUGCGGUCCCGGCUUCUCAUCAGCUUGCGCGUUCGUUUACCACGACUCGAGACGCAAACAAACCACCAACUCGUUGAGCCAUCACAGCGCCUGUACUCCCGCGAAGACCAAGACUAAUGGCCUUAGCUUGGUGUACCUCGCUGCACUCACGGGUGUUGAGCACCGAAAUUUUACGGGACGUGCCACAACAAUCUUGGGAAUAAAAGCAACUAUCCAAGCAUAUAUUAUGACCGAUGUUCUGAUCCCAUGUUUUCAGGAGGCAACGGAUACCUGCCUUGAUUCCUCUACAAAGCAUGGAUGAUUUGUUGAUGUCUGGGAACCAAAAAAAAUUGUUUCCCAGGCAUCUUGCCUCUCCGCAGGUGGAGCCUUAGGGUACUUGCGUCAAGCGUGGAACUUAGUUGGAAACUGGAUCUUGUCGUUGAAGCCU